AUGGUGUUCGAGAAGUUGAUAUCGUUCCAGAUCGAGUAUGCGCCGCAGUACCACUUGACCAAGUACGUGUCGAGCCGGACGCGGAUGCAGUUGGUGCACAUUAAUUCGAAGUCGUCGCCAUUGGUGCAGGGCUACUUUGUAGUUGGCACGGAGUGCUGCAACGAUUCCGGCGUGCCGCACACGCUGGAGCAUUUGAUCUUCAUGGGGUCGCAGCGCUACCCGCGCAAGGGCCUGCUGGACACUGCGGGCGGAAUUACGAUGUCGACGACGAACGCAUACACGGCGUCGGACCAUACGGCGUACGAGCUGGUGUCUGCUGGGUGGCUAGGGUUUAAGAAGCUGCUGCCGGUUUACCUAGACCAUCUGUUGCACCCGACGCUGACGGAGCACGCGUUUACUACGGAGGUGUACCAUCUGGACCCGAAUGAUCUCACUGACAAGGGCGUUGUGUACAGCGAGAUGGAGGCGCGGGAGCACGAGAGCUCCGACGUGGCAAUCCUGGAGAAGGGGCGUCAGAUGUUCCCCGAGGGCAACGGCUACCGCUCCGAGGUUGGCGGACUGACGAAACACCUCCGUACGCUGACCAACGCGGAGGUGCGCGCGUUCCACGCGGAGAUGUACACCCCCGACAACAUCUGUCUGGUUAUCUGCGGGAAUGUUCCGGAGCACGAGCUGCUGCAGAUCGUCGAAGAGUUCGAUGCGGAGUUGCCGGAGAAGACGGGCCCACGCCGCAGGCCGUUUGUGGACUCGGCAUCGUCGCAGAUCCCGCCCCGGCUACCAAAGUCCAUUGAAUCGACAGUUCCAUUUCCCGAGCUGGACGAGUCGCGGGGUGAGAUUUAUGUGUCGUGGAUUGGUAGCGCGUACGAUGAUCAGGUGAACGACCUUGCUGUUUCGCUGUUGCUAGACUACCUCACAGAGUCCUCUCUGGCUCCGUUGAACAAACAGCUCAUAGAAAUUGACAGUCCGCUUGCUACCUGUGUUGGCUACUGGACGGAUGACUAUAUGAGGACCAUCAUCAAUCUCUUUGUCAUGGGUGUUCCGACAGCAAGACUACAAGAGGCUAAGCAGAAGUGCUUCGAGAUAAUGUCUGCAGAAACCAUUGAUUUGGAGAGAAUAAGACAAGUGGUGGAGAAUAGCAGAUGGGAUUAUGUUCUCAAGUGCGAAAGAGAUGGUGCGUCGUUUUUAGCGCACGCCUGUAUUUCUGACUUUCUCUAUGGUGAUGAGGAAGGCCAACUUUUAAAAAAGUCGCUCCGUGACCUGAGCGACUUUGACGCGUUAGCUACUUGGAGCCAGGAGCAGUGGCAGUCUCUCUACGCAAGCAUCUUCAUCGAGAAUCCUUCCGUGACAGUAUUAGUGAAGCCUAGUGCGGCAUUGUAUCAGCAACAUAAAGAUGAACAGGAAGCCUUGUUGCAAGAGAGAAAAGCUUCCUAUUCAGAGGAGCAGCGUGAUGAACUACGCUCCAAAUUUGAUGAUGCUCAAUUCUAUAAUAACUUACCUAUCGAGAAGGAAGUAUUGGACAAAUUUGUGAUUGAGAAUCCGGCUGCUUCCGUUGAAUUUAUUCAGACGAAGAGUAUUUCCACUAUUGAGCAUGAGGACAAUGAUCUGCAAGAUGAACUUACAAUGAAGAUUAUAUCCAGCCGCCCUAAGGACUUCCCCCUCUUUAUGCAUUUUGAACAUUUUCCUUCUCAGUUUGUUGAGGUCAACUUUUUGGUGAACUCUAGAGUGGUUAAAGACCAUACCUUGUUGCCCUACUACUACAUUUUCCGUGAAUUAUUCAAGAUGCCAAUGAACGGAGAAGAUGGUACCCUGAUUGGUCACGAGGAAGUCAUCAAACAGCUGAAGGAUGAGACCAUUGAAAAUAAGAUUACUUUGGGACUACACUCGCAAUUUGAUGAUCUAAUUCAUUUUAAAAUACAGUCGAAGGCAUCUGAUUAUGGGAACGCUGUUAAAUGGAUCAAACACUGCCUAUACGAUAUGGUCUUUCAGGAGAGCAGAGUUAGUGUGCUACUCGAGCGCUUCUUGAACUCCAUCGUGGAGAAAAAAAGAUCCGGACCCAUUAUGAAAUCAUCUCUCAUGAACAGGUACCUUUACUCCGAUAACUCCCUAUGUAAAGCUACAGAUGUGCUUUAUGUUGAAAACAUCUUGCAAGACAUUUUAACCGCAAUUGAGGAUGGUAAGUUUGAAUCUGAAGUUUUACCUAGAAUAGAAUUAUUCCGUGAUCAGUUGAGGUCUCAUUUCCACAAGUUCCAUAUUUUGAUUUUAGGUGAUAUCGAAAAGUUAGGGGACGUUUACAAGCCAUGGGAGCAGUUGGUCAAUCAAUUGCCGAUGGAUAAAUCGCAAGUAGUCAUUCCUCCAACCCCACGGUUAUUGGAAACUGUUUCGGAAUUUGGAAGCAACCCUAAAGAAUUAGCGUAUAUCAUAACCACCCCAGGGUCCUCAUCCUCUUACAUGACUUGUCUAGCCUCGGUACCAAUCAACCUAGACUAUCAACAUAGGGAUCUACCGGCUAUUACACUAGCUUCUGAAUAUCUCCAGUGUGUUGAGGGUCCAUUCUGGAAAGGUAUACGUGGCUCUGGAUUGGCAUACGGAACUGCUUUGGACAACAAACUUGAAGAAAACGCCGUCAGUUUUACAGUUUACCGUGGUACAGACAUUAUAAAAUGCUACGAAACUGCUAAAAGAAUUGUCGAAAGUUAUGCAGAUGGUAGUAUGGAAUUUGAUGAGCAACUAAUCCAUGGUGCUGUGAGCAGUAUUAUCAACAGUAUUGCAUCAACGGAAUCAGGGUACUUUGAUGCCGCUGCAAGGAAAUACAUUGACAAUUUCUGUAAACGCAGAGGACCUGACUAUAAUACGAAGCUCUUGACAAAAUUAUCGACCGUUACAGCCGAGGACAUGCGCAGCGUCAUGGGGAAAUAUUUUGUGAAUAUGUUUAAUCCAGGGAGCGGUGCUGUAUUCGUUAGUUGUCACCCAAGUAAGUUAGAAUUGGUUCAGUGUUUCCUUGAGUCACAAGGUUACCGCGUAAUUGUCGAAGAAUUGGAAGAUGAUGAUGCUGAUGACAGUGCCAGUGCCAGUGAUUGUGACUCCGAAUAA